AUGUGUGCAUCUGUCAAUAAUACUUCGUUGGAGAUAACUCAACCACAACAAUCAAGAAAGGUUCAGUGGAACUUAUUACCAUCGAGUUACAUUUCAAGUUAUUCUAAAGAACCAACUUUCGUUGGCUUUCCUAAAAAUACAAUUCAUUGGCCAGCAAGUGAUGUACUAAAGAAAUAUAUUUUUGUAAAUGACAAACAAUUUAACCGAAUAAUAAAGAGAAGAAGUGAACGACAUAACUUAGAGUCUCAGAAGAGUAUUUCUUCUCCAUCAAACAAACAGAAAUUUAAAUAUGAGUCUAGACAUCUUCAUGCUAUGAAAAGACAAAGAGGGGAAGGUGGAAGGUUUUGUAGUAAAAAGAAAAUUGAACAAUCUCAAGUAUCUGAUACCACUUCACCUCAACAAUUAAUUGAAACUACUUUAAUUGUUUCAGAUAAUCCUGGUAUUUCUCCUAUUAAGUCCAUUCAACCAAUUCAAUUAAAUUCAAGUAUUACACAAGCACCAACUAUUUCAUAUGAAACUAAUAACAUUCCAGUACAAUUUAAAGAUCUCAACAUUCAUCCUUAA